UUCUGGUUAACGUAGUAUCUUAACCGCAUCGAAAAUGGUGGACGUUCAGCCUCCUCCUUUCCGGAGCCUUGAUGAUUUUAUUUUCAGUUCGGCCCGGUUCUCCGUGCCAGAUGUCCGUAAUUUAGAGAGAUGGAACCACCGGAUAAUUAACAACUUGCUCUAUUACCAGACCAACUAUUUUGCCUCCGCUUUGUGUUUCCUGCUGAUAGUCGGGUAUUUCCGGCCUUUUCAGCUUUUCCUUGGAGCAGCUGUGGUGAUCUCUGUGUUUUUGGGCUUCGUCUGGGCAGCAGAGAACAAGGCCAUAGUGAGACGCUUCCGGAGGAACCAUCCUUCUCUCUGUCUGAUUGCUAUUUUCGGCUCUAGCUACUUUUUACUAUCUUUCCUUGGAGGGGUGGCCAUCUUUCUCUUUGGCAUCACCUUUCCCAUUUUAAUGAUUCUGGUCCAUGCGUCCAUCAGGCUACGGAGCUUAAAGAAUAAAGUGGAGAACAAGUUGGAGAGCAUUGGACUGAAGAGGACACCUAUGGGACUUCUGCUGGAGGCACUCGGCCAAGAGCAAGAGGCCGGCUCAUAGUGUUCAAUCUUUCAGCAACCUUCCCUUAAGUCCUAAAUGUUAUAAGCAGUAUGUUUUUACUUAUGUGCCAUUGUUUCUAUACUCAAACGCAAAGGGCUUGGGGGAAGAAAAAUAGGAGUAUGUAUAGUUGAUUGCAAAACUUUGCAUCCCCUCAGGUGUUAAACGGAAAAACAAAACAUAAAAUCAACAGAAAAAUAGUUAAACCAUGAGGUUGUAACUAUUAAUCUUCUAGUCUAAUAUAAUUCGUCUUUUUUUCCCCCAUGAGCUGUUGGACUAUUGUUGUUUGUGAAAUGAAAACAGUACACAUUAUUUUCACUGAUUACAAUUUUUGCAUUUCUCAACUUAAACUAAGGGUAUGCAAACCUUUUCUGCUCUACUUUGUUUUAAGUGAAGUAUGAUAAAUGAGUGUCUACAAUGUACCUGCCUUUAACACUCUAGGUUUAUGAUUUUAUACCGUUGAAAAUGGAUGCUUUAAACGUAUCACUAACCGUGCAUUGUAUCUGCCAUUUUUUUAUUUAUUUAUUUUUACUUUUGAAUGAUUUCUCUUCUUGUUGCACAUGUACACAUUAGUGCAUUACCUUUCUAUAGUUGUGCUAACAUUCCUGAAGUAAUGAGGGCCUUGUUGAUUUCCUCACAUGUUGCUGUUUGUGACCAAUGCAUGACACAUUUUUAUAUUUACAAGCAAUUGUUUUGUAUAGACACUAGUUAUUUAUGUUAUUUGUCUAAUAAGAUAAAUCAGAUGGUAUCAGGAAUGGUAUAUGAAGAUUCCCACAAAUGACUGAUUCAUUAUUGAAGUUAAACAUUACAAGUGUUCAUAUUUUGCUCGUUCAAGUGAUUUUUGUCUUCACGCACAGUAUUAUAAGAAUGUAUUUGCUCUGGCUUUGUCUUAAAUGGACCUCAGUCUGUUAUUGAAUGUUUAGUCUUUUGUCAAUAAAACUGACAUGAUUUUGCAACAUCA